CGCUGUUCUAAAGUCAACUGACGCAAAGGUCUCCUCGUUGCUCAAAUCUUAUACUAUUAUGACUCUUCGAUUCUAGUAUUUGUUUGUUUAAUUAAUUUUAUUUUUUAUUUUACUUAUCAAUCAAUCUAUCAAAUUCGAAACCUUUGUUUUUCUAAAAUGAUCAAAUCUCGAAUUUGCAAUUCCUGCUGUUAAUCUAGGGUUUCCCGUCCCAAAUCCCGAGAUGCCAAACAAUCUUCAUCUGAUCAUCACAAACUCUUCCGUUUCUCCACCUCCGAUCUCAAAUAUCAACGGUCAAGAUGGUCAAAGUGAUCGACAAUGCCACGGGGUCUGGUACGACGCCUUACUGGUGGUCUCCGCGGUGCUAUUCGUGGUUUACUUGGCGGUGAACGCUAAGAAGAACGUGAACAAGCUGAGAAAUGGAAGGUCGUUGGUUUUGAUUUCCUAUUAUGCCCUUCUCUGGCUCGCUAGUGGACUCAACCUCGCUUGGUGUUCUCUUCAGGCAUGGCAAUGCGCUAGUGGAAAGGAGAUUGCUUGGAAUCUUCUGUCAUUGAUCACCACUUCCGGAUUUCUAUGUUUAGAAUUAAGCCUGGUGGGUUUCUUACUUCAGGAGAGUUAUGCGAAUGGGCUGGAAGCUUUAGCACGUACUUUCACUAUAUCAGGGAUCAUUGUUGGCGUCGAUAUGCUUCUCAAGGCAAUAUUUAUUUUUGGAUUUGGGGUCCCACUCUUCUUGGAUGUUGGAAGCACCCACCAGAUGAAGUGGGGCCUAUGGAUCAUCCAGAAAUUAUUGCUUACAACAGUUUAUGGCUUCAUCUUGUUUGUGCCUUUCUCAAAAUGGAGAGAGAAAUUGCCUCCCAGACCAGCAUUCUACAACUACGUAGCUGUGAUGUUUGUUGUUAACGCUAUUUCACUGCUUGCUUGUGGUCUUGCUACUAUCGGAAUAGGCUUUGGCAUUUGGGUGUACAAUUUAACAGUUAUCUGCUAUCACUUGCUCUAUCUCCCCUUCCUGUAUAUAACUUUUCUAGCAGAUUUUUUCCAGGAGGAAGAUUUUCUUUUGGAUAAUGCAUAUUACUCUGAGAUGAAAGAUGCCGGAUUCUUUGAUGCUGAUUGGGAUUAGUGCAUAAAACUCUGCAUUGAAGUGUUUGUACGCUUGCUAAGAGCAUUGGUUGCACAGUUUGUAAAUAGAUGAACUUAAAGGCAACAUACUUUUUAAGUGGAGUGAUUCUUUAUGAAAUUGUAAUCUUCUCCUUGAAUCCUCAACACUUCUUUUGGUACUUGCAAAUGGAUGCUGCUGCAAGUGCGUUUGGUUUAUAUACUUUGAUAAUACAAGCUGGACAAUUGCAUCAUAGAUGCUUAGAAAUUA